AUAGUAAAUUGCCAAAACGGUAUAUUGUACAAACAAUUGGAUUGCCUUUUGUUUACCAUAGUAUACCCAGUCUCUACGUGUGUCUAUAUACAGGCUGAUCCAAUGUAAACUAUUAAUGGCGAUUUUACACUUGGAGAGAGAUUUUCACACCACUAGCAGGAAGGGAAGUGGGUAAAGGUGGGGGGUCGAUGGUGAGCAUCAGAAAUAACUUAUGGAAUUGAACCAAAAAAAUGGGUGACAUUAUUUGCAUGAUAUUGAACAUGAAAAUGAGAACGCACAGAAACUAACGGAACCCGACCAAACCAAAGAAGCCAACCUAACAUUACCUAACUUCCUAGCUGGAGAGCUCCACAUAUUAAGCAAAAAUAAGUUAUCCUGAUAUUUGGUACCAGUGGAAGCAACUAUCUUUAGUGGCUUGAUGUAAUGUUACGAUUUUUGUGGACGUGAGAGUACACUUGGACUGAGGAGACGACAACAAGGCAGAUUUUUUGGUGGAAUAUUUACGGAUUGAUGGACUAAAGAGCACAAUUGAAGUAGAAGAUGAUAUUUGACACUGAAAUUAAUAGAAUUGUUAAAUGGAUCCCACUGGAAAAAUUGCCUAAGUUAUGACUUCUUGAUCUGUUGUUUUCUUUUCAUAAAGAGGUGAGUCUAUCAUCACCAGUAUUUUGUUAACAGUAUGAGUGACCAGGACCUGCCUCUUCUGUCAAACAUUCAUCAGGUUCGAGCCAGACACUAUCUCAUUCACCUGAAGCCCAACUUUGAUACAAAGACAAUUCAAGGAAAAGUUUAUAUAUUUUUUGAGCCAACAACUUCGUGUGAAAAAAGAGGAAAGUGUUGCACAAGAGAUUGUUUCUGUUUGAACAGUGAGAUUGAGGACUUUGUCAACACCUCUUCAGACAUCAGCCAACAGGUGACAUAUAAAAAAGAAGAUGGCAAUUUACACAACAAAAAAUCAGACACUGUUAGUAAGCUCCAUUGUAAUAAGGAUAAAGGUGACUGUAGGGCCAAUAAAACAGAUGUUAAGAGCAAGGAAGUGUUAGAUGAAGAAAUUAAGAUUGUCCUGGAUUGUUGUGACAUUAGAGUUAAAAGUGUGGCUGAGGUGUCAUGUGAAAAUGUUGAUAUGUUGAAAUAUUUAAACCCAAAUCAUCCAAGAGAGUGUAGUGUUGCCUUUAAUUUCUGGUCCUACAGAAAGCACCUUCCUCUCCAGUAUGUUGUCGACCCUUGGUGCAUCAAAAUAUGGAAGGAAGACAGUACAAGUAUUGAACAACUCCCUCAAGCUGUGUGUAUUGACUAUGAAACAACUCCACAAGGGAAAUCACUCUUUUGGAGGAAUGAUCAAGAUGGCAAUCCAUGUGUGUUUACCCCAGCGGCCGCAAUUAAUAAUCGCUCAGUUCUCCCCUGUCAAGACCCUCCCUCAGCCAUGGCUACCUGGCAGGCAUGGGUCACAGUCAAUAAGGAAUAUUCUGUUUCAUUGACAGGAGAUUAUAGGCCUGUCAAGUUUGUAGGUUGUGUAGAAGAUUAUGUGGAAGAUAUAGCUUCUUUACAUCACCUCAAUAAGAAGUGUUGCACAGUAAGUGAAAGAAACAGUGACAUUGUGUUCAGCAGGGAUGGCACUGAUGAAUGGAACACUUCAACUGUGUGUAUGUAUUUUUACACAACAAUGGUUCUACCAAUUGCAACUAUAGCCAUUGCUAUAGGGAAGUGGAAAACUGAAAUUCUUCGAACUGUACACAGUAAACAUUUCCAAGAGAAAAAAGAUGAGGGAGAGAAAAUAAGAUACCCAUGUUGUCACUAUGAGUAUCCUUGUCACCAGAAGACUCUGCUUUGGAUGAAUGAGAUACCACUGAGUGUGACCUACCCACCAUCCUGCUGGGCAUCUGUCAAGCCUCUGAUUUCUUUUCUUCCCUAUGCCGUGGAGGCAGCAAUCCACUUGCUUGGUGUAUAUCCUUGUUGUAGGCUGGAGUUGGUAAUUCUACCACCAUGUUUUGGAAGCUUGGGCCUAGCGUCACCCAAUCUUAUCUUCUUGUCCCCAACAGUUGCUAUAGAUGACCCAGCUGCAUAUAUCCGUUUGUCACAUGAAAUAAGCCAUGCUUGGUUUGGCAUCAAUAUUGGUGCACAAGACUGGACAGAGGAAUGGUUGAGUGAAGGCUUUGCCACAUAUAUGGAGGACUCAAUCUAUGCAGAAGCAGCCAUGGCAUAUGAGAAGGCAAGAAACACUAUCUCAAACCAGACUGUGGGCAAAAUUCCUGGAAAUAGUUCUGAGCUUGUGUGGUCAGGAGCAGAGGGCAGCAGUGGGUGUGAAGGAGGUGGGAAUCCUAAUUCAUCCUCAUUUAAAAUUAAUGAUUAUGGUGUAGUGGAUCAUGGACAUAAAAGUAUUGUUGAUAGUGAAGUAAUAUGUUUUCAUGAUAAUACAGAGAGUGAUGCUAUGAGUAAAGAAUUAUAUAGUGGAAGUUCUGACUUACAUCAUACCCGUGCACAUGGUGGUGGUAAAGACUGUAUCACAUGUGAUAAAUCUCCCGGUAUUGACUCAGUUUUUGAAGGUAGAAAACCUGUUUGUGAUGAAAAUAAUAGGAAUAGCCAGAUUUUUAAGAAAAAUUUGUAUUUCAUUAAGUCAUCAUCUCUUAAACUUAACAAAGAGAAACUGGAAGAAUUGUCAGAUGUACGUGCACACAUACGCUACCGAACACUUGCGAGUGAAUUAGAAAAUUCUACUGACGAGCUUCAGACUUUGAGGCCUAUGCAAGGAGAAAAUCUUGUAGGUAUAGAUGGAAUAAAUUAUGUUAAGAAUGGAUUAAACCCAGAAAAAACUUUCUUACAAGUUCAUUAUCUAAAAGGUUACUUUCUCCUUAAAUUUUUAAGCAAAUUAGUGGGUAGAGCCAAGUUUGAUGCUAUGAUGAAACACUAUGUGUCAGUUUACCAUGGGCAGCUUGUCUUGUCCAGGCAUAUAUUGGAUAAUUUUAUUAACACAUUUCCUGAAGUGUUAGAAAAAGGUAUUACUCGCAAAAUUCUCUACAAUGUUUGGCUCCACCAGCCAGGUUUAAACACUGAAAUAAAGGAAAUGUAUGGAAACAUUAACAAUGACUUAGUUACAGAGGUGAGACAACACUUCCAUUAUUGGGAAAAGUUUAACACAUCCAGAAAGAGAUCAGGCAUGGUUGUGAAGAAAGUUAAAGUGCAACUUGAAGCUUUUCAUUUCUCUGAUCAGUUAGUGUUGCUACUGGAAUAUUUUUUACAGUUACCAAAGUUGUAUCAUAAGACAUUAGGCGAAAUAAAUGAAUAUUACAGCAUGGCAGCUCAGUGUGGAGAUGUGCGUCAUAGAUGGUGUGAACUCAUCAUAAAGAAUAAUUAUAAGGAUUUAACCGAAAUAGAGAGGUUUUUACUGAAGGAUCAAUCUAUGGGUGUCUACCUGUAUGGAGAGUUGAUGAUUUCUAGAAAAGUUAAACAUAAGCAUCUGGCAGAGAGAGUAUUUGCCAAGACUAGAAAAGAUAUGGAUGAAAAUGCACAAUUAACUGUAUCUGCUAUGUUGUAUGGAGAGUAGAGUGAGAUGGUUUGUAUUACUGUACAGGUAUAUUAGUUUUAUAUCUAAUUUGAAGGAAGGGGAGGAUUUAGUGACUGAUGUAAUGCAAUAAAUUUAAAGGAACUCUGAAGUGAUCAAAAGUUAGGAAUGUUACUUGGAUGAACACAGCUGCUCUCUACCUGCCCUACUUUUCAUAUUUAAUUUAACCAUUACAUUGUUAGGAUCGCGUGUGACUGAAAGUUGAGGAACCAGGGAAUUAGUAGGAUAAACUUGUCGCAGAACGAACACGACCAAAUCUCACAUGAAUGAUCCCAAUGUGUUUUUUGUCGUGGUCGUGGAAAUUCUAAAUUUAUUGCGUGCCCUAGAGGGUUAAUAUACUGUAGAUAUUACUUUAUAGAGGAAUUGACCUGUGAAAGUGACACAACCAAUCCACUUAGAUUGUUACAUUAAAAGGACAACCACGUAUGAAUAUUUUUUUCAAAGUGGCUUCCUCUACUCAGUGUGUAUAACCUUUUUUUUUUUAUAAACUGUUUGUACAGUUAAAUAUAUAGUAUUUUUUUUUUUGAUUUGUUAUCAAUAGCAGCAAUGCCACCAAAUAAGUUUAGUUUUAUAAAUAUUUAUAUCAAAGUUGUGGUGAAGGCAUUAGAACAUUAUGCAGACCAAACAAUACCUCAUUAAUAAAGAAGAAUACCUUUGAUAUUUCAAUGUCAUGGCUCCUUACCAGUCUUAAUAUUUUGUCUCGCAGCAAGUUGAUCCUUUUACCGGGUCACCUGAACUAACUUGAGGGAAUAUGUGGCUAUUGUGAAGAUACCUGGGAUAUACAUUUCAUAAAUAAAUGCCUGCUGACAUGACUUGGCCACUUACUAUUUUAAACUGUGAAUUAAGCUUUGCAUGCCAAUCUGGUCCAGACAAAUUUCAAGCACCAGCACAUUGCUGUUUAACCUCGCGUGGUAAAAACUCGAGUAAAUUGAAAUACUGUACUAGAAUUUUUUGGGUUAUUCAGUUUCUAUAGGGUGGGUCAGACAAAACACAUUUUAAACUUAAAAAAAUCUUUAAGUGUACAGUGUAAGUACACACUUCAGAAGACUGGUGUGUCAUACUUCAGUCAUUUCUCAUACACCCUGUACUAUAUGUUUAUGACUUUAAUAAGUAUAUUAUUAAAAUCUUAAGCCUUGAAAAUAAUAUAUAUUCUAAAAGAAUCGUGUCUAGACGGCGAUGCUUGUCAGAGAAACUUGGCGCGUGUCUAGACGGCGAGACUGUUGUAGGGGGGAAUAUCCACUAAAACAUACAAUAAAAAAGGGAGUAAUAUU